AACCCUAACAAAAUUUAUAAGACAAAGUGCGGCGCAUCUGACGAGUAAGGAAUUGAGGCUAAGCACUUACAAUUCAUUCCAUCUUCAUUUUCAAUUAAUCAAUCGAGGAGUCACAUGGAGCAGGGGCGAGGUUCACCUGACAUGCAUGUCCCAAUGCGCUUAUUGUUGCCUGGUUACAGCGGUGCUAAUGAGGGUUCCGAUCGCCGUCAGCUGGCGGUCUACAAUCCUCCUCCUCCACCGCCACCUUCGCAGCCAGGGUUCGGUGGUAGUCGUUUCAAACUGCCCGAAGGGUGGGAGGUGGAGGAGGUGCCUCGCGCGGACGCCUCUCGAAUUGACAAGUACUACUAUGAGCCAUCAACUGGGCACAAGUUCCGGUCUCUGAAGGAGGUGGAAAGGUACAUCAAUGGAGAAGUAUAUACUCCGAGGAGGCGUAGAUCUAAGGCUUUGAAGUUCGGCUCUGGUGGAUCUCAUGGAAAGCAGUCACAGAGUUCAACUUAUCGGAAGAUGGUCGUCUCUGGUGGAAAGAUGCUGAAACUUGCCAACAAGGACGGCCCUGAUAAGUACAAAAUGGCGAUCGUUCCUGCUAGAAAGACGCCAUUCAGUUCCCCUUACCAGCUACCAGAAGGUUGGGUUGUAGAGGAGGUGCCUCGUAAUACCCAUGGGGGCUAUGUUGACAAGUAUUACUAUGAACCAGGGACCGGGAGAAAGUUCAGAUCUCUAUCAUCCGUUGACAGGCACCUAGCGGACCAAAAUGAAAAUACAAGGUUAUCAGAGACACCAGCUGAUCUGAGAGCGUAUAACAUGCCAUUGUCUAAUGCAUACAAAAUAGGCAGUCAUGUGAAGAAUUCAAAUAGUUUCUGGAAGAACAAUAACCAAAGGGAGGAAGUGCAGUCUGCAACAUUUAACAGCCCUCCGCUGAAAAUCAACUGGGUUAUUGCUAGUCCUGGAGGAAACACUUGGAGCCCUUUCAUCGGUGGCUCUCUGGUUCCUCAACCUGUGCAGCAGCAGUGGUGUAAACGAUACAUGUUGUCCAUCAAUGACGGAAGAUAUAUUGCGCCAAAUUUCUGAGGAUAGAGAAGUUGGGAGCAAGGAAGGGAGAACUUGCAUGCGACUGCUUAGUGCGAAUCUAAACUUUAGUUCCUGUAUGGCAGAGACAAUUUGAUCUAGUUCUAAAUGUGUUGCAAACUUGAACAUCUAUCAGACAAUCUUCGUUUCCUGGAUUAGGUUUUGAAAAUGGUUCUUGUAUUUCUGAAUUUUCAUGUCUUUCACAUAUGGAUAUCUAGCUUAUAGCAACUUAAAUAUUAUAACAGCAUAGUAUUUGCUUCUUUUUUCCUACUCCAUUGGAUAUAUAGGUAGCUUAUACCAA